AUGUGGUCGUGGAUGGCGGACCGCAUGAUGGACGACCCCGACACGAUGUCGGCGAGCAGCAGCAUGGACCAACUGUCGAUGUACGGUGCUCGCGGCAUGUUCAUCGAAAGUACGGACGCUACGUGGCUAUACACAUUCGAUGACGACGAGCAGAACGUACUACGGAGUGACAGGCGCACCUCUCUCUGGCAGCAUUCCAGCGGCCUCCGUGCGGCCCACAACACCCGCAAUGUGCCACACGGCAACGUCGAACCUGGCUGCCAGCAAAUUGCGGAGGACCUCGUAUUGCGUAUGCCGUACGCUGGCGUGAGGGAACAGAAUGGGGAGAGAUAUGGAGACGAUAUUGGGCCAGCGAAUCAGAUGUUCCUCCGUCCUCCGCUGGCUCUAAUUCGUCUUCGCGUGGCUUUGUUAUCGCGUCAAUAG